AUGGCGAUGAUGCAGUUCAUUAGUAGUGGAUUGCCCAGAGUGUCAGUGCCUUCAACUAUCCAUUGUGACCAUUUGAUUGAGGCCCAGCUUGGUGGUGAUAAGGACCUUAAAAGAGCAAAGGAUAUAAACAAGGAAGUCUAUAACUUCUUGGCAACUUCUGGAGCAAAAUAUGGCGUUGGUUUUUGGAAACCAGGAUCAGGCAUCAUCCAUCAGAUUAUCCUGGAAAAUUAUGCCUAUCCUGGAGUGCUCCUGAUUGGUACAGAUUCUCAUACUCCAAAUGGAGGAGGCCUUGGGGGUAUUUGCAUUGGUGUUGGGGGUGCUGAUGCUGUGGAUGUCAUGGCUGGAAUUCCCUGGGAACUCAAAUGUCCCAAGGUCAUUGGUGUUAAAUUAACUGGAAAGCUAUCUGGCUGGUCUUCCCCAAAAGAUGUAAUUCUAAAAGUAGCCGGCAUUCUCACAGUGAAAGGUGGCACAGGAGCCAUUGUAGAGUACCAUGGUCCAGGAGUGGACUCUAUAUCCUGUACUGGUAUGGCCACCAUCUGUAACAUGGGAGCUGAGAUUGGAGCCACAACAUCUGUGUUCCCUUAUAACCAUCGGAUGAAAACUUAUUUAGAAAAAACAGGCCGCUCAGGAAUUGCAUCUUUGGCAGAGGAGUUCAGGAGUAACUUGGUACCAGAUGAAGGGUGUGAAUAUGAUCAGCUGAUUGAACUUAACCUGGAUGAGCUGAAGCCACACAUCAAUGGACCUUUCACCCCUGAUCUGGCAACACCUGUAUCUCAGGUGGGAGCUGUUGCAGAGCAGAAGGGAUGGCCUUUGGAUAUCAGAGUUGGUCUUAUUGGCAGCUGUACAAAUUCCAGUUAUGAAGAUAUGGGUCGGGCAGCAGCUGUAGCAAAGCAGGCUCUUGCGCAUGGUCUGAAGUGCAAAUCCAAGUUUACAAUCACUCCAGGUUCUGAGCAAAUCAGAGCCACCAUCGAAAGAGACGGUUAUGCUGAUGUCCUCCGUAAUGUUGGUGGUGUAGUACUUGCAAAUGCUUGUGGACCCUGUAUUGGUCAAUGGGACAGACAAGACAUUAAAAAGGGAGAGAAAAACACGAUUGUGACUUCAUACAACAGAAACUUCACUGGAAGAAAUGAUGCCAACCCUGAGACUCAUGCCUUUGUUACAUCUCCAGAGAUAGUCACAGCUUUGUCAAUUGCUGGAACCUUAAAAUUUGACCCAGAAAAAGACUUUCUUACUGGUGCUGAUGGAAAGAAGUUUAAGCUGGAGCCACCAGAUGCAGAUGAGCUGCCAAAAUCUAACUUCGACCCUGGUCAGGACACUUACCAGUACCCACCAAAGGAUGGGAGUUCUGAACGAGUUGAUGUGAGUCCCACCAGCCAGCGCCUGCAGCUUUUGGAGCCUUUUGACAAGUGGAAUGGAAAGGACUUAGAAAAUAUGCAGAUCCUCAUAAAGGUGAAGGGCAAGUGCACAACAGAUCAUAUUUCAGCUGCUGGGCCAUGGCUGAAAUUUAGGGGUCACCUGGACAACAUUUCGAACAACCUGCUGAUUGGUGCUAUCAACAUUGAAAACAACAAGGCAAACUGUGUAAAGAAUUGUGCUACCCAAGAGUAUGGACCUAUCCCUGACACUGCUCGUUAUUAUAAGGCAAAUGGAAUAAAAUGGGUGGUAGUUGGAGAUGAGAACUAUGGAGAGGGCUCUAGCAGAGAGCAUGCUGCCCUUGAACCACGACACUUAGGUGGCAGAGCCAUCAUUACAAAGAGCUUUGCAAGAAUUCAUGAAACGAACCUAAAGAAACAAGGGCUUCUGCCUCUCACCUUUUCUGACCCAGCAGACUAUGAGAGGAUUCACCCUGAGGACAAGAUUACACUUGCUGGUUUAAAGGACCUGGCACCAGGAAAGCCUCUCAAAUGCGUUAUCACCCAUCAGAAUGGUAGCCAAGAGACAAUCUCCUUAAAUCACACCUUCAAUGAAACACAGAUUGAGUGGUUCCAGGCUGGCAGUGCUCUCAACCGCAUGAAGGAGCUUCAGAAAUAA